CGGGCCGGGGGGACGCUUCGGAGCGGCAGCAUCCCGGGCACCGCCUCGCCCCCCCCGCGAGCGGCCCCGCGAGCCGCCAGCUGCCUCGGCGGCCCCGCGGGGGGCCGGGAGCCCCCCGAAGCCGGAGCCCCCCGGCCUCCAUCGCCGCCUCCCCCCGGGAGGGAGGGGCGGGAGGCGGCGGCGCCUCUCUCCGCCCGUGGGGGGGCACCGGGGGGAGAGGCAGCCUGCGGCCCGGAGGAAGCUCCCGGAGGAUGGGCGAGGAGGAGGAGGCGGCACACGCACGGCUGGGCCAGCGGAGGAUGAAUUAGGAGCCACAGGAGGCUGCCGCCGGCACCGAGGGGGGAAGACGAGAGGAAGGGGCUGGACUUGGAAGAGGAGGAGGAGGAGGAGGAGGGUGCGCGGGGGGGGGGACUGAGUAUCGCUAAUAACAAGUUAAAGACUAAUAACAAUAAUAACAGACCACCUCCAGGAAGAUCCGCGGCGGAGGCUGAGCGGUCCCCGCGGAGGCCAGUGGGGUUGCAGCGCUGGGUAGCUUGGAGAGACGCUCCGAGGCAUCAGUCUGUGGUGGUGGCUGAUUUUUUUUUUUGGGGGGGUGGGCGGGGUGGGGGCCGUGUUUGCGGGAGAAGGAAGGGGUGGGAGUCGGAGGAGCGGACUACCUUUCCAUUAUUAUUUUUAUUUUUUUGUUGAUAUUAUUUUCGCCGUGCAAGGAGGACGCUCGGAAUUCACCGGCCUGUCGGCUCCCGAGAGGGACCCGGGGAUUGUUGCGGUCGCUUUUCUUUAUUAUUUUUUUUAAUUUUAUUUUAUUUAUUUUUUUUUUGUCGGUCGGUUCGUUUGUUUUGAUUUGGCUUUUUGUUGCCGUUAUUCUCAUUUUCCUUUUCCCGCUGAGCAGCGGCGGCGGCAGCAAUAUGGCUGGUGAUGGGUUUUUUGGGGGGCGCUGGCGGCGGGAGGAGCUCUCGGAAGCCCCUGCGCGCCGGGCCCGCUGUUAGCUAUGGCAAAUGGCAGCGGCGGCGGCUCCUACCCGGGCGGCAGCGGCGGCGGCGGCGGCCUUAGAAUGAGUAACAAUAUCAACGCCAACAAUCUCAACACAGACUCGUCCUCCUCCCCCGUCAAUGUGCCCAAGAUGGAUGCGCUCAUCAUCCCGGUGACCAUGGAGGUGCCCUGCGAUAGCCGCGGACAGCGCAUGUGGUGGGCUUUCCUCGCCUCAUCCAUGGUCACUUUCUUUGGGGGACUGUUUAUCAUCCUGCUGUGGAGGACCCUCAAGUACCUGUGGACUGUCUGCUGCCACUGCGGGGUCAAAAGCAAGGAGGCCCAGAAGAUCAAUGGUGGUGGAGAUACACAGGCAGAUGGGGCCUGCAAACCAACGGAUGAAAAAGAGGAGAAUGUGGCAGCAGAAGUGGGAUGGAUGACCUCUGUAAAAGAUUGGGCAGGAGUCAUGAUAUCUGCCCAGACAUUAACUGGCAGAGUACUUGUUGUCUUAGUCUUCGCUCUUAGUAUUGGUGCUCUUGUAAUAUACUUCAUAGAUUCAUCAAAGAGCCGUACUGCAGACUCAUUGAUCCCAAUAGAGUCCUGCCAGAAUUUCUACAAAGAUUUCACGUUACAGAUCGACAUGGCUUUCAAUGUGUUCUUCCUACUCUACUUCGGCUUGCGUUUCAUAGCAGCCAAUGACAAGCUAUGGUUUUGGCUAGAAGUUAACUCAGUAGUAGAUUUCUUCACGGUCCCUCCAGUGUUUGUGUCAGUAUAUUUAAACAGAAGUUGGCUUGGUUUAAGAUUUUUAAGAGCCCUUAGACUGAUACAGUUUUCAGAAAUAUUGCAGUUUCUGAAUAUCCUUAAAACAAGUAAUUCCAUCAAGCUCGUGAAUCUGUGCUCUAUAUUUAUCAGCACAUGGCUGACAGCAGCUGGGUUCAUACAUUUGGUGGAGAACUCAGGGGAUCCAUGGGAAAAUUUCCAAAAUAAUCAACAGCUAACAUAUUGGGAAUGUGUUUAUUUACUGAUGGUUACAAUGUCCACUGUUGGUUAUGGAGAUGUUUAUGCAAAAACAACCCUUGGUCGCCUUUUCAUGGUCUUCUUCAUCCUUGGAGGAUUGGCCAUGUUUGCCAGCUACGUCCCUGAAAUCAUAGAGUUAAUAGGAAACCGCAAGAAAUAUGGUGGUUCCUAUAGUGCGGUUAGUGGAAGAAAGCACAUAGUUGUCUGUGGUCACAUAACACUUGAAAGUGUGUCCAACUUCCUGAAGGACUUCCUGCACAAGGAUAGGGAUGAUGUCAACGUAGAAAUCGUCUUUCUCCAUAAUAUCUCCCCUAACCUUGAGCUGGAAGCUCUCUUUAAACGACACUUCACUCAGGUGGAAUUUUAUCAGGGUUCAGUCCUUAAUCCCCAUGACCUGGCAAGAGUGAAGAUAGAGUCAGCAGAUGCGUGCCUAAUUCUUGCCAAUAAAUACUGCGCUGACCCAGAUGCUGAAGAUGCCUCCAAUAUUAUGAGAGUUAUUUCAAUAAAGAAUUACCAUCCGAAGAUAAGAAUUAUCACUCAGAUGUUGCAGUAUCACAAUAAGGCCCAUCUACUAAAUAUCCCAAGCUGGAACUGGAAAGAAGGGGAUGAUGCAAUCUGUCUUGCUGAGCUCAAGCUGGGUUUCAUAGCCCAGAGCUGCCUGGCACCUGGCCUUUCAACAAUGUUAGCCAACCUCUUCUCUAUGAGAUCAUUCAUAAAGAUUGAGGAGGAUACGUGGCAGAAAUACUAUCUGGAAGGAGUUGCAAAUGAAAUGUAUACAGAAUAUCUGUCUAGUGCCUUUGUGGGUUUGUCUUUCCCUGCAGUUUGUGAACUGGUGUUUGCGAAACUAAAGCUCUUAAUGAUAGCCAUAGAAUACAAGUCGGAAAAACGAGAAAGCAGAAGCCGAAAGCGCAUAUUAAUCAAUCCUGGAAACCAUGUCAAGAUUCAAGAAGGUACCUUAGGAUUCUUCAUUGCAAGUGAUGCCAAAGAAGUAAAAAGGGCAUUUUUUUACUGCAAGGCCUGUCAUGAUGACAUCACAGAUCCCAAAAGGAUAAAAAAAUGUGGCUGCAAACGGCUGAUCUAUUCCAAGAUGUCCAUCUACAAGAGAAUGAAACUGGCAUGUUGUUUUGAUUGCGGACGCUCUGAGCGUGACUGCUCUUGCAUGUCAGGCAGUGUACAUAGUAACAUGGACACCCUUGAGAGAGCCUUCCCACUUUCUUCUGUCUCUGUUAAUGAUUGCUCCACCAGUUUACGUGCCUUUGAAGAUGAGCAGCCAUCGACACUAUCACCCAAAAAAAAGCAACGAAAUGGAGGCAUGAGAAAUUCACCCAACUCCUCACCCAAACUGAUGAGGCAUGACCCCUUGUUAAUUCCUGGCAAUGAACAGAUUGACAAUAUGGAUGCCAAUGUGAAAAAAUAUGACUCUACUGGGAUGUUUCAUUGGUGUCCAGCCAAGGACAUUGAAAAGGUCAUUUUGACUCGAAGUGAAGCAGCGAUGACAGUUUUAAGUGGGCAUGUUGUCGUUUGCAUAUUUGGAGAUGUUAAAUCUGCUUUGAUUGGAUUAAGAAAUUUAGUGAUGCCAUUACGAGCCAGCAACUUUCACUACCAUGAACUCAAGCACAUUGUGUUUGUGGGUUCACUUGAAUACCUGAGAAGGGAGUGGGAGACGCUGCAUAACUUCCCAAAGGUUUCAAUCUUGCCUGGUACGCCAUUAAGUCGGGCUGAUUUAAGGGCUGUCAACAUCAACCUCUGCGACAUGUGCGUUAUCCUGUCAGCCAAUCAGAAUAAUAUUGAUGAUGCUUCGCUGCAGGACAAGGAAUGCAUCUUGGCGUCACUCAACAUCAAAUCUAUGCAGUUUGAUGACAGCAUUGGGGUCUUGCAGGCUAAUUCCCAAGGCUUUACACCCCCUGGGAUGGAUAGGUCAUCUCCAGACAACAGUCCGGUCCAUGGCCUGUUACGUCAACCUUCCAUUACAACAGGCGCCAACAUCCCUAUUAUAACAGAGCUAGCUAAGCCUGGCAAACUUCUGCCUUUGGUUUCAAUCAGUCAGGAAAAAAACAGUGGAACCCACAUUCUAAUGAUAACUGAACUGGUAAAUGAUUCAAAUGUUCAGUUCUUGGACCAAGAUGAUGAUGACGAUCCAGACACAGAACUGUAUCUCACGCAGCCCUUUGCAUGUGGAACCGCAUUUGCUGUCAGUGUGCUGGACUCUCUCAUGAGCGCAACAUACUUCAAUGACAAUAUCCUCACACUGAUACGGACAUUGGUAACAGGAGGAGCCACACCGGAGCUGGAAGCACUGAUUGCUGAGGAAAAUGCAUUGAGAGGAGGUUACAGCACACCACAGACACUUGCAAACAGGGACAGGUGUCGAGUUGCUCAGUUGGCUUUGUAUGACGGGCCAUUUGCAGACCUAGGGGAUGGAGGUUGUUACGGAGAUCUAUUUUGUAAAGCACUGAAAACAUACAAUAUGCUUUGCUUUGGAAUUUAUCGAUUAAGGGAUGCACAUCUAAGCACUCCCAGCCAAUGCACUAAACGUUACGUUAUCACAAACCCACCGUACGAGUUUGAGCUUGUGCCGACAGACUUGAUCUUCUGUUUGAUGCAAUUUGACCACAACGCCGGCCAGUCCCGAGCCAGUCUUUCUCAUUCCUCCCACUCCUCCUAUUCUUCCAGCAAGAAGAGCUCAUCUGUUCACUCCAUCCCAUCCACAGCAAACCGACCGAACCGCACCAAGACCAGGGAUUCCCGGGAAAAACAGAAUGCAACAAGGAUGAAUAGAAUGGGCCAAGCAGAAAAGAAAUGGUUUACAGAUGAGCCGGAUAAUGCCUAUCCCAGAAACAUUCAAAUCAAGCCCAUGAGCACUCACAUGGCCAAUCAGAUCAAUCAAUACAAAUCCACAAGCAGCUUGAUACCACCGAUCAGAGAAGUUGAAGACGAAUGUUGACUCCUUCAAGGCCAGAACUAAUUUUUUAAAGCCCGACAAACUUCAUGAACGGUGACGUGACAUUUAUUCCUCUUACAUGCCGAACCACUGAUGGAGAAGUUACGAAGGGCAAGCGUAAUGGGGAAACAAAGUAGACAGAUCUUUGUUUGUCUGCCUUUAAUAUUGCUUCCAUGUAUUUUGGAAACUUUCAGUUUUAAAUGAACAUAAUCAGAACUAGUCAUGUAUAGCCUCUAGCAGUUUAAAUUAUUAUUCUUUAUUAGGAAAAAUAUAUUUUUUUUUCUUUUUUUCUUCAUUGUAAAGUAUUUUCCCUUUCAAAAACUGCAGAUGUGGCCGGACUCCUAAGACAGGAAAUAAUAACCAAAAACACCACACCCCAGUCUUCGGCCUAAAGGAGGAUGAUGGUCACAGUUAUAAGGCUAUAUAAUCCAGGGAGACAAAAGAGAUAUUUACAAAAAGGAAAUAAGUGAAGGCCCAACUUGUAUUGUAGUAAACCCCCAAAAAAGGAAGGAAAAAAAAAAAAAAAAAGAAAAAAAGAACAGUCCACAACAUGUUUCUUUACGGAAGGAUGUGUAUUUUGCUCAGCAUUGACACCAGCUCUUAAUAAACUGAACCUAUUUAUUUUCAAAGGUGAAAGUCAUAUUUUUGUACACAUAACACUCUUGAGACAUUAUUGGUUUUAUUACCAUACGCAGCUCACCCUCAUUGCCAGUGACAUGCAAGUCCAACCACCCCACGCACUGUAGUGCCCCAGCAGAAGCCCCGCAUCCUCAAUAGCCCUCCACGAUGUCAAGUGUACUGCGGAACAUCACCACCGCAAGCCGAGGGACGCGUAGGCAGGGCGCUCACAGGCAGCACUUGUUAUAAAUGGCAACCCCGGCAUCAGCAGAGGCUUAUUCCAGACAAUUCCUUCUUUGCCACGCGUUACAGCACUGUGAGCUGGAGCGCAUAAACAGUGCGUGAACUCAUAAGCCAUAAGCGUUCUCAUCCACCAUAUUCUGUUGGUUUCUUACCUCUGAAGUGCUGAUGGGUCCGCAUCAGUCUUGCGUAUCCGACUCAAAUUCUUCCUGAUCUGCAGCAAGCUUUAGCCCCAGACCUGUGGUGAUAGCCCAAGCCUCUGUGAAGGGCAUUGAAUUGCCUUUGCUGAGCGCUGAUCAGGAUAAAAAGCCGUGGCUUUGCCUCAGCUUGACAACAUGUCAAUGCACUGUUGUCAGUGAUGUGCUGUACCAAGUGACAUCACAGUUUGGCAGUGUCUUUUUUUCCCCGUUAUGUAUCUAUUUUAGUUUGCUUUGUGGGGACACCACGCUUAAAAGUACGGCAAUAACCAAAUCAAAGUAAAAAUAAUGAAUGUAUUUAUUCUACCUUACAAAAGGCCAUCGACAGGUGCCUUUUGUGUCAGCCAACAAGCUUUCUAGCCAGCAGACAGAAAAGCGGUCUCAUAUCUGUGCUGCAGUAUCUAUUCACCCAAGCAUUUGGUGGUCUAAAUGAUUCAGUAAACCUGUCUAUCUCAAAGUAGCAACAUCAGAUACAAUUGUGUGAAUAAAAAAAAAUAAAUGAAAAGGCUGUGUAAGGAAUAAAACAAAAACAUAGGAACCAGUAAGUAGGAAAGGCAGCUUUUCAUGGUGCAAGAUAACCGUAGGCUCUGUAAUUCCGCAGAAUUGUGAAAUACUGCAAUAAAACAUACCGUGGUACUUUUAUCAUUAGAGAAAUAUCCGUGAAUCAACCUGAUACAAAGCAGAUUAAUAUGUUGUCAAAACAAUGAUGUCCACUAUGUAAUCCAGCAUUUAAGCUAAGCUCUCUCGGCCUCGAUGUUUGUCCACUGGCUGCGGUACAAAUGUAACCAUACUACCACCUAAUAGGCUUUAUGCUGGAGUGACUUCUUGGACUGCGACUACUUUGUUGUUACAUUUUGUAGAAUAGGUAUUUAAAGAAAAUAACAGGAAUUGUUAUGCGGUAUAUGUAGAAUUGGACCGUUUAAAAUAUUUCAAUCUCCUGCAAAGAAACGAAACAGUUUAAGCAGUUUCUCGUUACUAUUUAGACCAUGUUUAUCUCAUUUCACAGUCCCAGAACAGAAGAUGAUUUGGGCGCGUUCUUCCAAUCUAUGCCACUCGAGCUAACGACAUGUUAUAAUCUGCAUCCAGUUUCUGCAAUGGAUCGUGUUAGGCCUUUUCAUUGAAGUCAGCGCUCCUUUUUCAUUUAUGAACUGCUUUCAUGCUAACCUCAGUGGAAAAAGCCAGUCCCGCGUACAGGAGAAAUCUCGAAAAUGGUGUUGGACCUCACCAAGUGCACAUUAAUUGUCUUUUUCUAAGACUGGUGUGUAAGCUAUGGGCAUAGCAAAUUACACCUGUGCACACGGUGCCAGUUCUGAGCGUCCUUCCUUCAGAAUAGAGUACUCAAAGUAUAAAACACACUAACGAAUCAAACACCACAGUCCUACAUCGUUAAGGUUUGUGUGUCUGUCCCGGGUAACCAUCAUACACUAAAAUGCCAAGCUGCCAACUGUACACAGGUAAAGGACAAGCUCUGAUCACUCUCGCAGAUAGGUCUGUAUAUAAGGGUAGGAAAAUAGAUCAAUAAAUGAGAGACAAGCAGGUAUAAUUGUGCUGUUUGGACUUCCCAGUUAUAGAAAACAUAAGAGAAAUCAAAAAUACUUUCUUGCUCUUCUUCUCAGUGAUCAAAGGCUCAGGACUGGCUUCUAGCAAUUAGAUGGAGGAGUAUGUAGCUAGCCUCUCAGAGAUCUUUGACCUCAACCAUUAAACACCAUAGUAAGGUCAGCACUAAGGUUUGGAUAUGCUAUGUGGCAUCACAGCGAGGGGCUGGGAAAGCCACCUAAGGACAGCUGAUGGGCAAUAUGAGGACUGAAGGAGAAAUGAAAUUUUGAGGUUCCUGAAGAAAUCCUACCCCUCUCUCAAAAGAGAAGGAAAAAAUUGAAUUUGUGCUUUCGCAGGAGUUGUAUGCACGACCAAUCAAGGCUAAACAGGCUUUGGUGUUUGUAAAUCAGGUGGUGGAUACCAUGUGUGUGUUUUCACAUGUGUGAAUGCACACACACACAUAUAUGUGUGGAUACAGAUACAUGUAUAUGGGGCGUGUGUAAGUAUUGGGUACAGGUCAGAACCACCACCAAAGGAUGACAGUUUUGUCUUUUUUUUUUUCUUGGGGGGGGGGGGGGCGGGGAGAGAUGGGGUGAAGACGUACACAAAGAGAAAGGGCAUACAUUACCCAAGGGCUAACACAUGGAGGAAAUGUAUCUACUGGUCUCACAUGGUCUGAACACAGAGAAGCCACUCUAGGUGGCUAGCUGCAUGCCGGCCGUACGCUUACAGUGUGCUGCCAGCCCUAUGCCCCACAUGCACGUGGUGGCAUGCUCGCACAGUGCCUGCAAGCCAGCAGGUCUCUGUCUAGUGGGCAGUAUUUUAACUCAGCCCCUGAAUCGCACCAGCACCAAAGUAAAAGGACAAAAUUGCCUGCUGCCCCAGCAUCGGACAGGGUGCUGCCUGGGCAGAGCACCGUGCACAGCCGCCUGACAGCCACACACAGCACAAGUUAAUGCGUAAAGAGGAUAGUCUGAGCCUAAAUGCAAUGGUUAAGGCCUCAAUGUGACUGUUUCAGUGGUGCAUGUAAGGCAAUGGGCAUGCAAUAUAUUGUUUGGUAGGGAGAAAAUUGGAAAAAAAAAAAAAGGCAACCACAAACAGCUUCUCGAAUACUGCAAAGACUGUCUAAAAAUGCCAUCCAUGUUGACAGCUCUUGCGUGUUGAACUCAGCAUCUGUGGUUAAACAGCAGGCACAUGUGGCUCAAAGUACAAGCUUCUUGGCUGGGGACAUGGUCACUUAAGCAGCACUACAGGUUCAUGAACAAGGUUAUUAUUCCACCUAUGGCACACAGCGACCCUAGCAGCCCCAAAGACAGGCGCGUGAGGACAGGGAACAAGCAAGAGCACGGCAGGGACAUCCAGGUCCUCGUACAAAUGUCAGUGUGUAACUAUUUCCCAUGUGUGUAUGAAGGGAAACUCAGCGAUACUUACACAAGGUGAAGACGGUAAAAAUGACUGUAAUGAGGACCCUGUGCAGCCUUAUUGAGCCACACAGAUGUCUAGUCACUGGGUUUUCAGAAGCCUAUAGGCUGUUGUAGCAGCUGUGGAUGUACAGGAAGCCACGUUUAGACACAGUAAAGAAUAUUUUUUUACUAUUUUUCACUUGUAAAGGAAAAGCAACCCAAUGAGUCAGAUCACAUGCACAGGGAAAGGCGUAAUUGUCCUCGGCCAAAUAUAGAAAAUGGGAAAAGGGGUUGACGCUGAAUAUGCAACGGGACACUAGGACAAUGGAGUCUAAACCCUUUUUUUACAGGUCGACAGGUAGCAAGAGGAGACUCUGUUGGCGUUUGUUUGUUGUGUGGUCUGGUUUUGAUUUUCGUUUUGCCAACGCAAGGAGUAUUUGCACAUCCUGAAGUCUUUAUAGAAUAAGAGAAGGAAAGGAAAAUGUAUUCAAUUGCAGAGGAUUAUUUUUGGCGGUUCUGUUUGGGUGCGAGCUAAGUCUAGAAAGUACCACAGUAACUGGAUGCGUAAACGGAUGCAUGAUGGAAGCAGUAAUGUAAAAAUCCUACGUCUGUCCUCACUGCCCGGUCACUUGCCAUUUAAUCCAUAAACCUGUUAACAACUUCCCCAGGACAGCCGACUCACACGGACUCAGAAAAAAACAGAGCAGGCAUUCACACGUUCUCAUCGCAAAGCAUGUUCCUAAAGGCUACUGCAGAGCAAUGUAUUUGAAAUGAGAGCAUACCGAGGAUGGGGUGGGGGGAAAAAUUCAUGGGGAAAGCUGUUAUGGUUGUGAAUUUCCUCAGCAUCAAAGGAAGCAUGCGUCCCACCUUUCAUUUCUAGUUCAAAAUCUGCCUAAAAAAAGCCAACAAGCAUGCAAAAGGGGAAGAGCAGAACAAAGCGAAGACAGAAAUCCUUUCCUUGUGUCACGAGGGCCUGGGAACAUCAGCCACGGUCAAUGGCAGAUGUAGAAGAAAAAAAAAAAAGAGAGAAAAAAAAAAGAGAAAAAAAAAACAGGUGAAAGAAGAGGUCUGUGUAUUCCCUCAUUUGUUGUCCUCUCCCUGCCAUCCGAACCACCAUUGACCACAACAUUUGAACAUGAAUUUUAUUUCAUGUAGAUUCCGAAGGUGCUUUACCAAGCCCAUGCCUGGCAGACUGUUUUGUUUUUAAUUUCAUUAUAUAUGUAGAUGUCAUUUAUAGAUCCGGUAAUAUUCAGUUAGCAGGCAUACUAUCUGUAGUGUUUUUGUAGUGAGCUGUAGCUGUCGGUACAACCCCCAUCCAAAACGAAGAAAGGAAUCAAGAAGCCACUCAGCUGUGGCCACCAUUUGCGACAGUAAUGAGGCCUACAGUGGGGUCAAGUCUGCCUCAGCACUUAUCAAAGCUAUAUUUAUGCAACCAGUGUAGCUAUCCUGCACAGAGAAAUAUUCUCUGCUAUAGAACAUGCAGCCAUAGUGAAACUAAGUAGUCUCUAAUGUUCAGUAGUCUAUAGAACCAAGGAAAUUCUACUGAAAUCAAUAGAUUUCUAUGCUGCUGGUAUAAUGUCUCUGUUUUAUCUAAUGCUGUACUACUGGUAACUGUCAAAAUGAGAAGGGGGAGGGGGAGGAAAGAAAAUGUGAGAAGUACUUGUGUAUCACUUUGGGUCUAAAUAACAGCAAUAGCUAACUUCUUAUGAAUCUGAAAGACGGUAAUGCUGCAUCCAAUUAGAAUCUCAGUGAGGUUAAGGGAAAGCUUCCUUCUGCCUCAGUCAAUGCAAUUUAAAGGAGAGCUUUAUAACCUAAAAACAACAGCAAUGAUAUAUAGGCAGUUGAGUGCAUGUAAUAGGAAAAGAGAUUUUUUUUUUUCAGAAAUCAAAAAUGGGGCAUACGAGCAUUGUGUUGACUAGACAGUUACAAAACGGAGCCAUGCAAAAAGGUCAGCAGAAGUUACACCAAGUAGCCGUUCAAGAGUGCCACUACUGUGACGGUAUAUCUCGGGACACACAUGCCUAGCCAAUGCAAAGAAUGUCACGUCAGUUUAGGGGAAAAAAAAAAAAAGUAAGAAAAAAAGGAAAAAGCAAAAGAAAAGUCAGUGAUAGAACGUGAACUUUUGCAUUUCUGGAGAGGUCACGGCUAAUUUUUUUUUCCUCUCCUCAGAAAAAUAGAUAAGUAGACAA